AUGGAAAUGUACUAUCAAAACUAUUAUGAUCCUCAAAUGAAUAGAUAUGACCCUUAUUCUAACAAUUACAAUUCACAAUGGGAAGAAUAUUCUAAUACUUUCUAUGGUGGAAAUCAAUAUGUUGAGCCAAAUUACUACUCUCAAUCAGAAUAUAAUGAGUUCACGCCGCAAUAUUCAGAUCCAUCAAUUGGAGAUCUCAUCAAUGCACUAAAUGCCAGCAAUCUCCAACUUCAACAGAUGUUAGAGCAGGCUUAUGGGCCUUUUCCUCAACAACCUCAUACAGGAAUGUCACAAGAUCACGAACCAUCAAUUUUAGAUAUGCUAAAAACUUUAGUGGCUUCAACUAUACAAACCCAAGUUAUUCUUCAGAGUACAAAAGCGUCCCGCAAUAAUUUGGAGAGUACUAUGGGACAAAUUGCUACAUCAUUGAAUAAUAUUGAGGUUGAGAGUAAUGGAGAAUUACCCACAGAAUUAGAGAAUAAUCCAAUAGAGAAUGAUGACAUAACAUUUGAUCUAAUUCCAACUCAAGAAGUCAACAAUUCAACCCUAGAAACAUCUUCUCCACUGGAGAUUGAAACUUUCACGCCAGUUGGUCCAUCAUCACAGAAUAUGCUACACAAACCAAUUGUCAAAUCGUAUGUCCAUAUUCCUAAUUUUCCGAGUAGAUUGACAAAAUUUAAGAAUGAGGAGGAAAAUAAGGUGAUCCUUAAAAUCAAUAUUUCGCUCCUUACAACCAUUAAACAAGUACCACCAUAUGCUAAGCUUCCUAAGGAGUUGUCCACAAAUAAAAGGAAGCUGAAGGGUGAUAAAAAGAUAAGUGUGGGGGAGAAUGUUUCUGCUAUUCUCCAAAGGAAGUUGCUACCCAAGUGUCAAGACCUUUGGAUGUUUAUAAAUUCAUACAUUGUCGGUAAAACCAAGUUUGAUCAUUGUAUGAUAGAUUUAGGAGCAUCUAUUAAUGAUAUAUCUUAUUCUAUUUUUGCUUCUUUAAAGCCAGGGUUAUUAAAAGAAACUAGUAUUCUUAUUCGAUUGGCUGAUCGCACUAAUGUUUAUUCCCUAAGGGUAGUUGAAGAUGUUUUGGUGCAUGUUCAAUUGAGGAGGCCAUUCCGACUUAUUACAAGUACAAAGCUGGAUGUCAAUGUAUGGGUACUUACAAUAGAAUUUGAUGAUGAAGUUAUACAAUUUGAUAUAUGGAACUCUAUUGAUAAGUACAAGAUGAAGAAGGUUUUGUUAAAUGACCCACCAUAA